CUUUUAUAAUGAUAUUGAAACAAGCUCUGACAUUGUUAAUAUUAGCGAUGAUGAGGAUUCACUUAAUGUUCUUAAUGACAACUAUGAAUCACCCAACAAUAAUAUAACACUACAAGAACAAGUAACUAAUAAUAAUUCAAUUACAAUAACGGAAGAUUUAAUAGCUGAUUAUAUCGGUACUCGUUGGGUCAUCUCUUCAGCAUUAUUUAAUAUGACUGACAAAGAAAACCAUGUCCCUUCAGCAAUGCCUAAUGUAACUGAAAAAGAAAAUUAUAUUGCUGACAAUACUACUAAUAACAAUGAAUUUACAAAUGCAUCCAAUUGCAAAGUUAUCAUGAAUAAAGUGGGUCAUGUGGAAAUUAAUAAUACUUUAGCCCUUUUCGUUGAACAAUUGAAAAACAAAUAUCUGUUAUUGCAAGAAGACAUCAGAGAUCCUAAUAUUGCAAAGACGAAAAAAAGGCAAAGUGGUACUAAAUAUGAAAAUAU